CGGGCGGCGCCGGUGGUGGCGCUGCGCGGCCGCAGUUCUGCUCGGCGCCGCCGUCGUGCUGUCGGCGCUGUUCUGGCUGCCGCCGUUCGCCGCGCGGCGGCGGAGGGGCGAGGAGGCACGCGCGGACCCCUGGGGCGGAGGUGAGCGGCGUGCGUUGCUGGCUGGUGCUGUGUUCUCUUCGUGCGUUUGGUGGUGCUAGUUCAGUCGUGCUCGCGUUUGGUGACGAGGUUGUAGUAGGAUGGAGCCCUUGGGUUGUCUGAUGCGGAAUGCACAGGUUGAUUCCUCUGGCCAGGCACGCUCAACUGGGGUUUUCCAUUGGGGUUCCAGUAAGUUGAGCUUAUAAUGCUGAACUCGAUGGCUUGCCGCUUCGUCUAGAAUUGGGGCGUCCCCAUCAGACUUGUUUUACACACCGUUUAGCAGGGGUGCAGAGAAUUUACACGCCUGGCUUCAGUUUGAGUUAAUUGUGGCACUAGGGGGAUAUUCAAAAUUUUAUGCAGUAUUUGCAGGGUUUGUGCUUCAACAGGUUGACCUAGGCCACCUAGGAACUCUGUUGAUGUCGACAAUGGUAGUCGAUAUGGUUUGUUUGAUUGAGAAGUGUGCGCUCCAUUAGACUAGUCAAGAUUGGAACACUUUUUCAUGCUUGUGUUGAUUGUGGAACCAUUAUCUGAUCGGUUGCCACCAAAAUUAUGGUUGGCCCGCUGGGGCUUGUUCGUGUACUGUCCUCACCUGCAGUUGAUGCGGAUUCAUAUUUGAAUAGGACCACUUGCUAACUUUGUAGACCAUCAACCUCAUGGUCAGCUGAUGGAGCUAACGUGGUUGCAAGCUUCAGGCUGCAAAGAAUGAUUUCUGAACUUAGUGGAAAUAAAUCAAAACUUGAGUAUGAUAUUUUUGAAGAGAUUGGCAUCAACAAUUCCACGGUGUCUGUACUUUCCUUGGAUCCAACUGGUGAAUCAAACUGGACUACUGUGACAUUUGGUGUUUGGCCCUAUCCUAGUAAUUUCACCUUAUCACCAACAGAGUUAAGCAUACUGCGGUCAUCUUUGGUGUCCUUGGUUAUACAGCAGUCUAUUCUUUAUUUGACACCAUCUCUAUUUGGGAAUUCUUCUUCUGUUGAGGUCUUGAGGUUUCCUGGUGGCAUAACGAUUAUACCUCCACAGUCUGCUUUUGUUCCUCAGAAGCCUGAUGGAUUAUUUAAUUUCUCAUUGAACUUUCCCAUUGUUGUGGUACAAGACAAACUGAGUGAAUUGAAGGCCCAGAUGAAAUCUGGAUUAUUUCUUAAUGAACAUGAGAUCCUAUAUGUUACAUUGACAAAUCUGUAUGGUUCAACUGUUGCGCCUCCUACCAUUGUUCAAGCAUCUGUUCUCCUUGCUGUAGGAGCAGAUAACAAACCACCAUCCUUGCAAAGAUUAAAACAAUUAGCCCAAACAUUAAGGAAUUCUUCUUCAGGAAACUUGGGUUUGAACCACACUGUGUUUGGACGAGUUAAGCAGAUAAGUCUGUCAUCCUACCUUCAGCAUUCGCUGAACAACUCAGGCAAUGCUCAUUCCCCAAGCCCAGCUCCUCAACCUUAUAAUCAACCUGUGCACGACCACCAGCACCACCACCACCACCAUCACCAUCACCAUCACCAUCACCACCACAUCCACCAUCACCAUCAUCACCACCACGAUAAUAGUCAUCAGAGUUUACAGCAUUUGCCCCCUGCUCCUGCUCCUCUUCACAGUGCACCUACUUUUCUGACCUGUGGUUCUUCAUGUACACGGAAGAAAGAACAUAGCACUGCUAAGCACCAUUCAUCUCCCAUCAGGGGUCCUCUGUUACGCCAUAUCGAGCCUGCAGCUUCUCCAGAUAGUAGUUAUGAAGCUUCAGGCCCAUAUGUAGAUCCACCAUCACUUCAUCCAAGGAUUUCAUCAUCUCCAUUUCCUGCUGUUGUUUUUCCUGCAAUGUCACCCAGUAUGAGAACCUUGAAGCCUCCCAACAAAUUCUCAUCGAUAUCAUCUGCAGCGUUUAUCUCAUUUGCGCUCAGGUUAUCUUCACACUGGUGGGUCAUUGCAUCACUUUUAUACUGGUCCCUAAUGUAGAGAUGGAAUAUUUCGCACCCAGGUGGUGAAUUCAUGCGGCAACAGCUUGGAUCACCAUUUUCCAAAUGAUCCUCAGCAUCAAACCCUGGAUGGUUGUCUUUGGUGAUCACUUAAUGGAUGUAAAUAUGUGUAUAACACAGCAGAGGGGUGUAUUUGUGGUCAAAGCCGUAAUGAUGGCGGGCCCUUAGUUGUACUGCAUCCCUUUUGUUGCUUUGUACAAUCAUGCGCAGAUCAAAUAAAGAUUUUGCAUUUUUGUUGAGAAAUAUUGUGCAGGACUAAGGUCUUCAGUAUUUAGAACACAAAGGGGUCUCAUGUUAUAGAUCCAGUUUUGCUGUGUUAUGUGUUGUAAAAUUGUAAAUACUAGCUUGACAGGUGAUGAACUUUUCCCCCCUUUUUUUU